UAUUAAUAACAGGGACGCAGAGAGUUCAUUUGUUGUUUCCAUGAGCCAAGGAAGAUAAGAGACAGAGAUUAUAGAUACAUAUACACACAGCUUCUGUAUCUAUCUUUCGAACAGCCAUGGAUUUAGCCGCUAAGCUUCAGCUUAUCGACCUCAGUUCAUCAUUUCUCACCGGAACAUCAUCUUUUCGGCAACGGUUCCGGCCAGUUUCGACCCAAAUACCGGCCCAGUCCAUCAUGCCCAGCAACUGUUCGAUAAAAUGCGUAGCUGGGUUUAGUAAUAGAAACUCUCCGUACUCUAAAAACCCGCCGAGGUUGUCGGCUGUAGCUGUUGAUACAGCUGAAACAAGUGUGAAAGAGGAUAUAGAGUCUUUGUUUUCGAAGAAUUCUUCGGAGAAUGUUGAUUAUAAGCGUGGUAGUAGGCAGUCUGGGACUGGUGCUUCUAGUAUUUCAUCUGGGGUUAGGUUAGAGAAUGUGACUAAGAGUUAUAAGGGUAUGACUGUGUUGAAGGAUAUUAGUUGGGAAGUUAAGAAAGGUGAAAAAGUAGGGCUAGUAGGUGUCAAUGGUGCGGGGAAAACAACCCAGAUGAGAAUUAUUGCGGGGAUGGAAGAACCCGAUUCAGGGAAUGUGAUCAAGGCGAAAUCGAAUAUGAAGAUUUCGUUUUUGAGUCAGGAAUUCGAGGUUUCGUUGAGUAGGACAGUGAAGGAAGAGUUUAUGAGUGCGUUUAAGGAGGAAAUGGAGAUUUCGGGGAGACUGGAGAAGGUGCAGAAGGCAAUCGAGGGUUCUGUAGAGGAUUUGGAGUUGAUGGGGAGGCUUUUGGAUGAGUUUGAUUUGUUGCAGAGACGGGCUCAGGCUGUGGAUUUGGAUGUAGUGGAUGUGAAGAUUAGUAAAUUGAUGUCUGGACUUGGGUUUUCGGAGGAGGAUUCAGAUAGGUUGGUGGCAUCUUUUAGUGGUGGAUGGCAAAUGAGGAUGUCACUUGGGAAGAUUCUACUUCAGGACCCAGAUCUGUUGCUUCUAGAUGAACCUACAAAUCAUCUUGAUCUUGAUACCAUUGAGUGGCUUGAAGGUUAUCUGAAUAAGCAAGAUGUGCCCAUGGUUAUCAUAUCUCAUGACAGGGCUUUCCUUGACCAAUUAUGCACAAAAAUUGUUGAAACUGAUAUGGGCGUGUCCAGAACUUACAUGGGAAAUUAUUCUGAAUUUAUUAUCCAAAAGGCAUCAUGGAUUGAAGCUCAGUUUGCAGCAUGGGAGAAGCAGCAGAAAGAAAUAGGGCAUACUAAAGGUUUAAUAACCAGGUUAGGUGCGGGAGCAAAUUCAGGACGUGCCUCCACUGCUGGAAAGAAGCUGGAAAAACUUCAGGAUGAGGAACAGGUUGAUAAGCCAUUUAUUCGGAAACAGAUGAAGAUCAGGUUCCCUGAGCGUGGAAGAAGUGGAAGAACAGUUGCAAUAGUCAAGAAUCUCGAAUUUUGCUACAGUGAUCAGGUUCUCUUCAAGAAUGCAAAUCUAACAAUUGAGAAGGGGGAGAAAGUUGCUAUUCUAGGCCCCAAUGGGUGUGGGAAAAGUACAUUGCUUAAACUACUUAUGGGAUUAGAGAAGCCAACAAGAGGUGAAGUGUUGCUUGGAGAGCAUAAUGUGUUACCUAACUAUUUUGAGCAGAAUCAGGCCGAAGCACUUGACCUAGAUAAAACAGUACUGGACACUGUAGCAGAAGUAGCAGAGGACUGGAGAUUGGAUGAUAUAAAGGGUCUUCUUGGACGUUGUAAUUUUAAGGCUGAUAUGCUUGAUAGGAAGGUCUCUCUUUUAAGCGGGGGUGAGAAGGCCCGUCUUUCCUUUUGCAAGUUCAUGGUAACACCUUCAACAUUGCUUGUAUUGGAUGAGCCGACCAAUCACUUGGAUAUACCUACAAAAGAGAUGCUUGAGGAGGCAAUAUCCGAGUACAAAGGGACUGUCAUUACCGUUUCUCAUGACCGAUACUUUAUAAAGCAAAUAGUUAACAGAGUUUUAGAAGUAAAGGAUGGGAAUCUACAAGACUAUAUGGGCGACUAUAAUUAUUAUCUAGAGAAGAACAUUGACGCAAGGGAGAGGGAACUUGAACGGGAGGCUGAGCUUGAGGAAAAAUCUCCAAAAACAAAAGCCAAAUCUAAAAUGUCAAAGGCUGAGAGGGAAGCUAGAAAGAAGCAAAAAAUGCAGGCAUUUCAGCAGGCAAAACAGAAGUCCAAGGGACUGAAGAAUGCUAAGAGGUGGAAAUAAGAACUCAGAUCCCCUUAACUAAAAGAACUGUCGUUUGUCUGUAUAAAAUAUCUAGGUGGCCCUGUGCGAGCGACAUUCGUUGAUGUAUAUAUAAAACGUUUAGGAAUAUCUCAAAUCAAUUUUAGAAUAAAAGCUUGGAUAAAUUAUUGCAUGUUCUUAAUCUUUGUUGUCUAAAAUUCAUAUUACUUUGUUUAUACAGUUUUACACUAGAGGAUCCUUUGGAAAAAGUAAUCAGAUUAUCAUCCUCGCUUGUCUGUA